UUCGAAGUGAACUACUUCUGAUAUUGAUAUUUUUAAUCCGGUUUAUGCGAAUUUAUCGCCGUUCUCCAUUUGUCACGUAAUUAUAGAUAUUAGUAGAACACGACUGAUUCUUAUUAAUUCUUGCAUAUAUUAGCAUAGAGAAUUUAAAUAAAUUUAGAUAGAUACAAUUUCAAUUAUGGAUAAAGAGAAAGUAGAAAUUUCGGAUUGAACGAAUGACUAACAAUAAGUACAUUACAAAACAUUGGUAAUCCUGACGAUGAGUCAACUUAUCUCUGCUAGUUGACAGAUACUCGAACAAAAAGAAAUAAGAAAGAUGAGUUUGCAGUGGGGUUUAAUUGCCGGAUUUCUUUACACCGAGAUCGCCACAGUUCUGUUAUUGAUCUCACCAUUAUUAUCUCCGAUCCAAUGGCAAAAGUUCUUCAGAUCACGAUUUUUAACGAUUAUAAGAGAAAGGGCAUCAAUAUAUUUCUUAUUCCUGAUCGGCAUCUUAAUCUUGUUCUUGUUGGACGCUAUUAGAGAGAUGAGGAAAUAUUCUACAGUUGAACAUACAGAUCACAGUAUGCAUUUGGAUGCAGAAAUGCAAGGUAACAUGAGAUUAUUCAGAGCGCAAAGGAACUUUUAUAUAUCCGGUUUUACUCUUUUCCUGAGUCUUGUUAUACGUCGCUUGGUGAUGUUAAUUUCGACGCAAGCUACCUUAAUAGCGCAGAACGAGGCAUCUAUGCGGCAAGCUCAAUCAGCCACCACGACAGCGAAGAGUUUAUUGUCGCAGAAGGCUGGAGAGAAUGCACAAAACGAUUCGAACGAGUCGUCGGAAUGGAAGAACCAAAUUAAAGAGUUGCAGGUGAAGAAUCAAGAAUUGGAGCAACAGCUUUCGAAGGAGAAGAAAGACCGAGAUGCUGUCAAAUCGCAAGCCGAGGCCCUUGCUAAGGAAUACGAUCGCUUGUCGGAUGAACACAGCAAGUGUCUCCAGUCAGCUGGCGAUAAGAAGAGUGAUUAAAUUUUCGUUUCUUUUGUUUUCUAUAUUAUUUCACAU